AUGGCUUCCACUCAAGAUAUUGGAAAGCAUCGUUCCUUCUUGCGCUUUGCUCGGGGGAUCAGAGAAAAGUUCGGAUCGACAGGCCAAAGCAAGAAACAGAAGAAGAUCCCCGGACUACUACCCAGCCAUACAAGGAGUUCGACCGCCCCCGCUUUCUCCGGCGUGGAGGCUGUUACAAGUAAUUACAGUCAAAGUGGCAGGGAAUCGCAAACCGCCCUUGCAACGACUCUUCCCGCCUCGCCACCGCCGUCGGAUCUCUGGCAAGAAGCACUGCAAAAGGCUCGAGAAUCGAAUGACUGGAAGGAGCAUCAAGAGGAAUACGACGAGGCCAUUCGAGAAUGCCAGGCCCACAAUCAAAAACUCCUCCACAAGCAGGGCGGAGGUACGACUACCGACCUGGCCGAUGCCAUACUUGCCCGCCUUAGCUCACUUCACAAACAACACGAUGACACGAGAUGGGCAUAUGCAAAGGCUGAUGGCGAGACAAUCUACUUUCGAGACGUGGUCUUUCGGAUCAUGCAAUGGGUGAAGGUCUUCAAGGACCCAGGAAACCUGCUGGCAGACUUGGAUCCCACGAAAGCUGCCUCGGUAGUUUGGGGAUUGGUACAGUUCUUCGUUGAGAGGUCGAUUGCUUACGGCGAGACACGCGAUCUAGCGUUAGAUCAAGAGCCUAUUGCAAACCUGAUCAGCCGAUAUGCCCUUGUGGAGAAGUUCUACCUGAGGAAGCGACCAGGGACCUCAAUUGAGACAGUCGAACCGAUCAAGGAGAAAGUAGUUGAACUCUACAGUGCGGUUCUUCUGUAUCAAUUGGACGUCUACAGGUUCUGGAAGCAAGGCAAGAUAACUCACGGCAUACAGAGCCUGGUGCCUCAUAAGCUCAAAGAUCUUUCCAAUGCGAUACAACAAAGAUCGACACAGGUCGAGUCUGCACUCCGCCUGAAUGACAGAGAGCUCUUGGGCAGCAUCUUCGACAAUGUUCAACUCAAAGAGCCAAUUGCCAACAUUGGCGGUCAGUUACAGCAGAUUCUGGAUAUCGUAACCAUCCUUCAAGAAGAGAAGUAUUCAAAAGUGUUGGACUGGGUGUCACCGGUACGACACCUGGAUCAGCAUAGAACAAUUAGGCCUAUGGAGGGCACUGGCCAGUGGCUCCUUGGACACCCGCAAUUUAUGGACUGGCGACAAUCACACCAUUCCGGCCUUUUCUGGUUGCGAGGGAAAAUGGGAGCCGGAAAGACCAAUCUCGUAUCUUCUUUGGUCUCACAUCUCCUGGACGCCAGUCCAAAAAAUGGAGAACGCAUCGCUUUCUUUUACGUCGACGAAGCCAACCGGGCAAGUGAAGCUAAAUCUGCACAACUGAUUUUGAAUUCGCUGCUCAAGCAACUCUGCACUGGAGGGGCCAAGACGUUCGUCAAGGGGGUGGUAGACAGAUAUAAUGACUUACAGACAGCAAGCUCGAGUCCAGAUCGAGAAGAUUGCAUUUCUCUGCUUGUUGGAAUAGUGAAGCAAUCCCGACAGACCAAUAUCAUCAUUGACGGAAUCGAUGAGCUGGGAGUCGAUGAUGACCGAAACGAGUUACUCCAGACUUCGAAAAAGGUCGCCGACGAAUCAAGUCCUACCGGGGUCAAGAUAUUUAUUUCCAGUCGAGACCAUGUCAAUAUUUCCACACUUAUGGAUGAGAUUUGGCAAGUCAGGUGGGAACUUUUGAUUGAUCAGCAGAACCAGCAAGACAUCGACAGAUUCAUCACCAGUCGCGUGCGGACCUUGGAAAAGAGUCUCUUUCUCUCAAGCCCAAUCCCAGAGGAUGUUAAGAACGAGGUCGAAUCAACAUUGAAGCAAAGGGCAAGUGGAAUGUUUCUGUGGGUCCAUCUAUCACUGGAAUAUUUGCGCAGGAUUAAAGCAAAAGAGCCCGAUACAUUUGUCGCCAAGUUACAGGCUGUGCCUCCGACACCAAAGGCCUCUAUUCUUAACUCUUAG